CCCCCCUGUCUCCCCCCCCCCGCCGCCGCCAUGAAGCGGCAGAACGCCCGAACUUUGGCCCUGAUCGUCAGCAUCCUGACCUACCUGGUGGUGGGGGCGGCCGUCUUCCAGACCCUGGAGUCCAAGGAGGAGAAGAACCACAAGAGGCGGCUGGAGGGGCGCCGGCACGAACUGAUGCGCAAGUACAACCUGAGCCGGGUCCACUUUGAGGAGCUGGAGCACGUGGUCCUGCACCUGAAAGCCCACAAGGCCGGGGUCCAGUGGAGGUUUGCCGGCUCCUUCUACUUUGCCAUCACUGUGAUCACCACCAUAGGUUACGGCCACGCCGCCCCCAGCACCGACUCAGGGAAAGUCUUCUGCAUGUUCUACGCCCUCCUGGGCAUCCCGCUCACCUUGGUCAUGUUCCAGAGUCUGGGCGAGCGCAUCAACACCCUGGUCCGCUAUCUGCUGCACCAAGCCAAGAAGUGCCUGGCCAUGCGUCACACCGAGGUCUCCAUGGCCAACAUGGUCGCGGUGGGCUUCUUCUCCUGCCUGAGCACGCUGUGCGUGGGGGCGCUGGCCUUCUCCCACAGCGAGGGCUGGAGCUUCCUGCACGCCUUCUACUACUGCUUCAUCACGCUCACCACCAUCGGCUUUGGCGACUACGUGGCGCUGCAGCGGGACAACGCCCUGCAGAACGACCCCCGCUACGUGGCCUUCUGCUUCAUCUACAUCCUGACCGGCCUUACGGUGAUCGGCGCCUUCCUCAAUUUGGUGGUGCUUCGCUUCCUGACCAUGAACGCCGAGGACGAGAGGAGGGACGCCCGGCACAGGGCGCUGCGGAGCCGCGCCCCCAAGCCCGGGGGGGAGGUGGCCUGCCUGGUGCCGCUCCCGUCCACGCCCUCCACACCCGAGACCAAAGACGGCGUCUACACGGAGGUGCUGCACUUCCAGACUUUCUGCUCGUGCCUGUGGUACCGCAGCAAGGACAAUCUGCAGGGGUCCGCCUCCAUCCCCCAGGAGCUGGCCUUCUCCGACGUCUACCUGCCACAGGACGGUCCCCGCAACACCGAGACCACGUCCACGGGAUGCGUGUGCACUCCGCGGAGGCGCUCUAGCAAGAGGUCCAUCGGGAGGGGCCUCAACAUUCUCGCCCCGCUCCGAAUGCUCAUGAGACGCAGCUCGGUGUAGCCUACGGACAUGUCGGACUUGGUCAAAGAAUUCCACUUUGUGGUGCUAACAAAGCAAAACAUCCCAGUGAUGGACCUUCAUCAGGGGUGGAGACCGGCUGAAUCUCGGUCGGUCGCAAGUGUCUAGCAAGUGUUAGGUCGGCUCACCAGGGUUUUGUUUUGCAAGCAAACCUCCCUGCUUCAAGGCAGGAUGCUGCCGUAAACAAGGACUGUCGUUAUUCUAGUACUGUAGCAGUAAAUAAAUAGAAAUACUUCAAAUGCCAGGGUACGCAUGCUUGUGAAGUCCAUCCAUAAAUCUAUCUACUUCCCUCUCCCCAGCCACUCGGUCCAGCUUCUCCCGGGGGAUCCCAAGGCGUUCCCAGGUCAGCCGGGACACAUGGUCUUCCCAACAUGUCCUGGGUCUCCCCUGUGGCCUCCAGCCGGUCGGACGUGCCCUAGACACCUCCCUAGGGAGGAAUUCGGGUGGCAUCCUGACCAGAUGCCCGAACCACCUCAUCUGGCUCCUCUCCAUGUGGAGGAGCAGCAGCUUUACUUGAACUCCUCCUGGAUGACCGAGUUUCUCACCUUUAUCUCUAAGGGAGAAAGCCAUUUGGGCCGCUUGUACCCGUGAUCUUGUCCUUUCAAUCAUAACCCCAAAGCUCAUGACCAUGGGUGAGGAUGGGAAAGUAGAUCGACCGGUAAAUCGGGAGCUUUGCCUUUCGGCUCAGCUCCUUCUUCACCACAACGGAUCGAUACACAGUCCACGUUACUGAAGAAAUUCGGGUGGCAUCCUGACCAGAUGCCCGAACCACCUCAUCUGGCUCCUCUCCAUGUGGAGGAGCAGCGGCUUUACUUGAACUCCUCCUGGAUGUCCGAGUUUCUCACCUUUAUCUCUAAGGGAGAAAGCCAUUUGGGCCGCUUGUACCCGUGAUCUUGCCCUUUCAGUCAUAACCCCAAAGCUCAUGACCAUAGGUGAGGAUGGGAACGUAGAUCGACCGGUAAAUCGGGAGCUUUGCCUUUCGGCUCAGCUCCUUCUUCACCACAACGGAUCGAUACACAGUCCACGUUACUGAAGAAAUUCGGGUGGCAUCCUGACCAGAUGCCGAACCACCUCAUCUGGCUCCUCUCCAUGUGGAGGAACAGCGGCUUUACUUUGAGCUCCUCCCGGAUGUCCGAGUUUC